AUGACCUUCCGGAAGGUCAUUCUUAUCAUCGGAAGGUCAACAACAUUAGUGGAGCAUUUUGUCCCUUGGAUGGAGAGUCUGGGUCAUAUAAUGAAAGUUCAAAAGGUUAUUUUAGCUGUGAUGUUGGUGGCUGCGGCUAUGGCUGCCCCAAGCCUGCCCAGCUAUGGAUACUCUCCCGCCCUGUCAUACAGGCCUCUACCAGCCUACGAGGGUCCCGCUCGCUACAACUUCCAGUGGGCAGUAAACGACGGUCCCUCCGGCAACGACUUCGGUCACCAGGAGGCCCGCGACGGUGACAACACCAAGGGGUCGUACUACGUGCAGCUUCCCGACGGUCGUCUGCAGACUGUGAAUUACUUCGUGGACGGUGACUCUGGCUACGUGGCCGAUGUCCAGUACCAGGGAGAGGCCCGGUUCCCAUCCUUACAUUCUUCAUAUAGGCCUACACCAGCCUAUAAUAUCGCCCCACUCUAUAGGCCCACCCCUGUCUAUGGGUGAAAUGUUUAUAAAUGAUGUAGAAAAUCAGAAAUAAAAUAUAAACACAAUUGG